AUUGGAUAUGAAAUAGCAAAAAGAUUGGGCCUGGAAGGAGCUAAUGUGAUGGUGAGCAGUAGAAAGGAAAGAAACGUCUCAGAAACUGUUGAAAAUCUGAAAAGUAUUGGAAUAAAUGCAGAUGGGUGCGUGUGCCAUAUCGGGAAUAAGGUUGAUAGGACUCAACUUAUCACCAAAUCCCUAGAAAAAUUUGGAGGAAUUGACAUUCUAGUCUCAAAUGCUGCUGUCAAUACUAGCAUGGGGAAUAUUUUUGAAACAGAUGAAAAAUCAUGGGACAAAAUUUUUGAAAUAAAUUUGAAAUCAUCCUUUCUGCUCUGUCAAGAAGUUCUCCCUCAUCUCCAAAAGAGCAAAGGUUCCAUAGUUUUCGUCAGUUCCAUUGGCGGUUAUGUUCCAUUUGAGUUGUUGGGACCUUACUCCAUAAGCAAGACAGCACUGAUCAGUAUGGUAAAGAGCAUGGUUCCUGAAUGUUCGAGGAGGAAUAUCAGGGUUAAUGCCAUUGCUCCUGGAGUCAUUAAGACCAAGUUCAGUGCUGCCCUCUGGAACAACGAAGAUAUCUGUGACUCCGUAUUGUCCACAAUCCCAUUGAAAAGGUUUGGAACGGGAGAAGACUGCGCAGGGGCGGUUGCCUUCCUGGCUUCAUCAGAUGCAAGUUAUAUUACCGGGGAAACCAUUGUUGUAGCUGGCGGUAUGCAGUCAAGAUUGUGA